CACGUACGCAUGCAGAUACGUGUCCGCUCGUUCACGGAACCGAGAUACUUAUAUUUCGUGCGAGAUAUAUAUACUCCGGAGAGAAACUAAACUUGGAAUCCAUUCGCUCGCGGCCAGGCCACCGCUAGCUUCCUCCCCUCCCCACAGCGCGCCAAUCCAAAUCCAAGACCGUGCUGCUCCGGCGAGGUGCCCGUCCCAAUCUCCGGCGAGGCUUGGUUCCUGCCGGCCGACCCCCGGCCGUUAUAUCGCUGCGCUUCGUCCAGUGAGAUCAUCGAUGGGUAACAAAUGUCUCGUGGUGGUGACCAGCAUCCUCGCUGUGUUGACGGUCGUCUUUGGAGUCAUCAGCGCGGUUCUCUUGGCGCUGAAACAUCACCAACAUGACAAUGGAGAGUUCUAUACGUACCGGCGCUCGCCUGCGAUGCCAUGCGGCGUGGUGGCAGCCGUGUUGGCGUCGAUGACGCAGAUUCUUGCCAGUGUGGCCAUCUGCUGUUGUGGGGCAUGGCGGGUAACUAAGGGGGGCAAGCGCAUCGCUGCAGUGGUCUUCUUCAUCACCUCAUGGGUCCUUGCGAUCAUAGCAGUGCUACUAUUUCUAGCAGGCGCCAUGUUAGGGUUUGAAGGCUCUGCAAAGAAAACGGUUGGGAAUGUUAGGAUCGUCGGAGGUGUCGCUCUUUUCGUGAUCGCGACAUUUUUGUUUCUUGUAGUUGCUGCCCUUGAUGUCACCUCAUACCGACUAGUUCGGAAGAAGGACCACUACCAAGCAUACGUUGGCAGUAAUCCUCCUAUGGUGCCAGCAACAUCUAAAGACGGUCCGAACGCUUUUGCUCCUGCACCGCACAAUCAAGUUUAAGGUUAGCUCUACCACCAUGGAAUGGUUGUGUUUGCCUUCCAAAGGAGGAAGGCCAUGUAUGGAACCCUGGUAUGUCGAAGGCGUAGGCUUCGACCCAUGCUAGCAUCUUGUGUGUUUGUUACGGCUUCACUCAAAUCAUGAGAAGGAAUUCAAAGGUUUAUCUCAAAUCAUGAGAAGGAAUUCAAAGGUUUAUCUGUAUUGCUUGAAACAUAUGUGCUUGUGAAGAUUUUCUAUGUGUUACAAAAGCCAUUAUAGGUGGCUGCCAUCUGGAUUCAGGACUAUCAAAAUCGGGAAUGAAUGUCCUAACUCAUGUGUGUCUCUAA